UAAAAACAGAAAAAAGGUUAAAAAAAAAAAAAAAGAAGAAAAUAUUUAUGAGUUGUGUGCAUACGUACGUGUGUGUAUAUAUAUUCAGUAGCCGGAGAGAAAACAGGAUCAAUUAGCAGCCUGCUGAAGAAUAAGAAUAAACGUGAAUCUCAGUAAUGUCCUUGAAAUUCGCGUUUAAAAUGACUAAGAUAUUUGUUUAAAACAAAUCAAAGGAUUAAGAAAUAAAGAAUAAUUAAAUGAGGAUACAUUUUGUAAUAUUAACAAGAUCGUGUGGGUGAUAAAAAUACUGUGUUUGUGUAUAUGAGUGUGAGUGGUGCGUGGAGGAGGAAGAAGAAUUAAUUAAGAUAGUGGGUUUAGAAAUUAAUCAUGUUUCUUGGAUCAUUCGUAAGAACGUCUUGACGUUGUCAUCAUCAACAUACACUUCGUCGUUGUCAUUAUUACAACAUCGAUUUAAGUUUUAUUAAUUAUAUAUAAAACACACAACGAAAGAUGGAUAGAAACGAUAGUAGUAUUGGAAGUGGUACCAAUGGGAAUUGUCACGUCGGAAAUUCAGGAUCACCAUUGAAUUCCUCAACAUCCAAUCAUCCACCAACCCUUCAUAAUUCUUCCACCGGAUUGGACAGUCAGAGUGGUGAUAGAGGAUGGGAAAUUCAUCAAGUGACCGUUACUAGAGUUCCUGGUUAUGGCUUUGGUAUUGCCGUAUCUGGUGGUCGUGAUAAUCCACAUUUUACCAAUGGUGACCCAGCUAUUGCAAUCUCCGACGUUUUGAAGGCCGGACCUGCGGAAGGAAAGUUGCAGGUAAACGAUCGCAUCAUUUCCGCUAACGGAGUAUCAUUAGAAGGUGCUGAUUAUGGAGCAGCUGUCCGAGUUCUUCGGGACUCUGGAUCGACCGUUUUAUUGGUCGUUAAACGAAGAGCUUCGUCGAACUCAUCAACUUGCCAAGGCAAUUCUGCUCCUCAAACUCAUCGGCUUACUCUCACAAGAAAUAAUAAAAAAGAUGAUUUUGGUAUUGUAUUGGGUUGUCGAUUGUACGUGAAGGAAGUAACUAGAGAAAACACUGGUGUUAAACCUGGCGAUAUUUUAACACGAAUAAGUGGUAUUGCCGCUGAUAAUAUGAGUUUAAAGGAAGCAAGAAAAUUAAUGGAUCAAUGUAAAGACAGACUGUCUAUCGUUAUUACAAGAGAUUCUUCCUGUUGUCACGUUCAGCAACAAGUAAAGACUGAUAGCGGAGAGUAUUUAUCCGGUGCUAGUUAUAGCAGCCAAAAUUUAUACGUUCCACCACCAACUAGACAACCAUUGGAAGAUAAAAGUAAUUUGGUACCAAGAGGACGUUCCAGAGGCCCUUUAAUGGAUGUUUCUUUGAGUCAAUUAGAUUUACCAGCAACGCCAACAGUUGAUCCACCUAGGCCUCCUCCUCCAAGGCCUGAAGAUUAUUAUAGUUCGCGAAGACAAAUGUACGAUGAAGAUUCUAUCACACAUAGAACGAAACAACCAAUGCCGGAUCCUCGUUUCAUUACAUUCCAAAAAGAAGGUUCAGUAGGAGUACGAUUAUGCGGAGGAAAUGAGACUGGCGUUUUUGUAACAGCAGUUCAAACUGGUAGUCCAGCAUCUCUUCAAGGCCUUCAACCAGGAGACAAAAUUUUAAAAGUAAAUGACAUGGAUAUGAAAGGUGUAACCAGAGAAGAAGCUGUAUUAUUUCUUCUUAGUCUUCAAGAACAAAUUGAUUUGAUAGUACAACAUCGACGUCAGGAAUAUGAUCAAAUUGUUGCAUCUGGCAGAGGUGAUUCGUUUCAUAUCAAGACACAUUUUCAUUACGAACAACCUGAGAAAGGAGAGAUGAGCUUUCGCAGCGGAGAUGUCUUUCACGUGGUAGACACUCUUCAUAACGGAGUUGUAGGUUCUUGGCAAGUAUUUAGAAUUGGAAGAAACAAUCAAGAAGUACAGAAAGGUAUUAUUCCAAACAAAGCACGUGCCGAGGAACUUGCAACUGCACAAUUCAAUGCCACGAAGAAGGAAUUAAGCGCUAGCGAGAGUAGAGGUAGCUUUUUUCGAAGAAGAAGAAGUAGUCACAGACGUUCUAAAUCUUUGGGAAGGGAUCACUGGGACGACGUGGUAUUCUCCGAUAGCGUCAGUAAAUUUCCAGCUUAUGAACGAGUGAUUCUUCGACAUCCAGGAUUCGUUAGACCGGUUGUACUUUUCGGUCCCGUGGCAGAUCUCGGUAGGGAAAAAUUACUUAAAGAUUUUCCCGACAAAUUUACUUCCCCACAAAUGGAAAGUCAAAUGGAAGAAAGCGGUAAUAAAAAUACUAAAUCCUCUGGCAUUAUUCGUUUGAGUGCCAUUAGAGAAGUCAUGGACAGAGGAAAACAUGCUCUAUUGGAUAUUACACCUAAUGCUGUUGAUCGACUUAAUUAUGCUCAGUUUUAUCCUAUUGUGAUAUUUUUAAAAGCUGAAACUAAACAAGUUAUUAAAGAAAUGCGAGCAGGUGUUCCCAAGUCAGCGCACAAAAGUAGCAAAAAACUUUUAGAACAAUGUCAGAAAUUGGAUAAAAUUUGGGGACACAUAUUUAGUGCUGUUAUUACACUUACAACUCCUGAAGCUUGGUAUCGUAAACUCAGAGAAUUAAUAGAUCGUCAGCAACAGGGAUCUUUAUGGAUGAGCCAAACGAAGCCAGAAGAAGCCCUCUCGGAUGACUUCCUAUUCCCGAUGACAUCUCGCCUCUCCUACGCUUCCUCUCCGGAGAGUGAUCUGGAAUUAAGCCCUGCACCUGCUCUUCCUGGAACAUUGGGUCCACCUAUACGCUUGAAGAGUAGUUCAGAUCCAAGUAUUGCUACGCAAGAUGAUACAACAGCACCACCUCCAUAUUCUACAAAUUAUCAACAAUCUUUUGAACAACAUAAAAGAAGAUCACAACAAGGAGGAGGUGCUGGAGACAGCAAAUAUGGUUUUUCAUUAUCAGGACAAACAAGUAAUCAAUCUGGUUCCCCGGAAUAUCUUGGAACAUCGUUUGAACCUAGAUCACCACAUCAUAGUCCACCGGAUUUACCACCAAGGAUUGAUAGAAAUAUUAAACCAACUAAUCAAACAACUAGAGGAACUGUACGUUCUACUCAAGAAAGAAUCAUUACCAAAGCUGAUUCAGUUUUGGAUGUUGGAAAUUAUAUAAACGCGUCUCCUCACAAAGUCAAUGCCACAUCGUCGCUUGAAAGAACACAAACAAAAGCGGGAAGCUACGAUAGUAUGUCCUCAUAUGACUCGUAUAAUAACAAUACUAAUGGAAAUCCAAGUUAUGCUGGUGUGAAUCUCAACACAUCAACGAAUCGUUUAGGCCCAAAUGUACCUGAUGAUUUAAAAAGUAGUGGUAUGUCGGCUAGAGCUCAUGAUCCAUACAGAUUUACAAGAUCUACGGCUCAACCUAUUCCUACUCAAGACUCCCAACCUACUAGAACAGAUUAUGCCAAAUAUAGCAGGACGACAGACUACAAACCGAUAUCAAUUCCACAAAACAAACCAGGAGGAUCAUACAAACCGAUACCACCCCCAAAGCCUAAGAAUUACAGACCACCGCAAACAACUUUAGUAGGAGAUGAAAACAGCGGAAAUAAUAGUAAUAAUAAUGGAAACACUGGAAACAAUGGUAACAAUGCUGCUGCGGCUUAUCAGCAUACCAAAAGUUAUUCUAUUGCCACUUCGCACGUGCAUAAUGGAGUAGAGAAUAAUAGCAACGUUAGACGCAACAACAGUCAGUAUUAUUAUAAUAUUCCACCACCCACUCGUCAUAAUGAGAAUAAUCCGGUUAAUACGCAUCAUAAUCACAGCCACAUUACACCACCGAUACAUAGUCAUAGCCUGAGUCAUACUCAUCCUCACUCUAGUCCUCCUGUGACUUCUCAUUCUCAUUCUAAUAGUGCUGGUCAAAUUAAUCUCAGUUCAACUCACAAUCGGAACAACGUCAAUCAUAAUGGUUUCAAUCAUAAUAACAAUCAUGGAAGUGGAAACCAAACUUAUGCUUCCAAUAGUUCGACUCACAAUAGAGAACCUAAUGGUUUAGAUUUAGCUGGAAGCAGAGAACAAAGAGGUAGUGCCUUUGAACUUUAUCGGAAACCUGUACAUCAUUAUAAUAUUAGAUAAAUUUUACGAUGGGUAUAUAUUAUUCGUAAUUAAAAUUCUAAUUUUCUUUCUU